AUGACGUUUUUGGAUGUUCUUCGAUUUCGGCCCCUCGAAUUCGAAUUGGAAUGUGAGGGGGCUAAUACCUCCCCCAAUGAAAGCGGCCGCCUAUUCGGAGAAGAUGUGACAGACGCCGAGUUUGGCAUGCUUACAUCGACAAUCAAUUCGGCAAAAAUGGACAUGGUCAAGAGAAAACCCAAGUAUCAUCGGAAGGCCCUCGUUUACCUUGACUCAGUCCUGAAGGCGUGUGGUCGACCGGUUUUUCUUGCAGUACCGUUGUUGGCCUGUCGUGGACAGAUACCCUGCAUUCAGCGAUCCACGACAUCCGAAUACUCAGGGCUUUCGACGGAGGACGUGGAUGUAUGUGGGGAACCAGAUUUCCUUCUCUCACUGCGACUAGAAUACUGGCACUCUAGUUCGGAUCCAAGUAACACUGAGGGGAGACACAUCUCCCGCAUAAUUGUCAUAAUUCCUGGUCAGUGUUUGGAAAACAACUCAGGUAGGUUGCUUUUUUGAAUCACGCCCUUUAUAGGAGUUAGCCGGGACGUUUACGUUUCUUAACAUUGUUAAUUUGGUCAAAGGACUGAAUAUGUUGUUAAACAAUUCUGUCAGAAACAGUCUAGCCGAGGACCACAAACAACAGUUAGCAUUUUCUUGCCUCACGCAUACACUUAACGCUUGCCCGAAUCCCCUUGAGUCCUUAACCCCUUAGCCGAUGUUGUCCCGUAGGAAACAGUAUCUUUAUGAUGGAAUAAGAAUUUGGUGACAAAAAGAGUCGUUGAAGCUAUUAGGAAAACUGGAAAAUCAAAAAGUUUCUGAAGUGAUUAUCCCGAUAAUAGGGAUAAAUGAUUAACAUAUAUUAUAGCAAAAGAGCACAACAAGCUCCCUAAGAUGUGUUUUUUGUUUGAAACCCAAACUCGACCGUUCAAUAUCAGAUCAACAAGUUCAGAGUGUACCCCGCUUUAUAAGAUUCGUAGCCACGUAUGGCACCUUAAAUGUCGUGCUUGCUGUCUGCAAAUCGAAUGGAUUAUCCAUCCCGCUUGCGAUUUCACCAAAGUGCUCUAUGUGCUCUAAGUGCCCCAAAGUGCUCCAUCACUGUGGAGAAAACUGGUGGUUCAAAGAAGAUGAUUACCUAAAGCCCGACCCCCAAUGAGAUUGACAGUCCUUUGGGUGGUAGCCCGAGACCGAGUACACCGGAAAACGAAGUAUUUAACUUUGACUGCGCGUCGGCUUAGCCAGUUUCUACUUAGAGACAGGAGCAUCAUUGCUCGGAUAUUCAGGUUCUAAAUGAGUGCACUCUGAUGAUUGAUUCUUCUUAUGCGAAGUGAAUAUCUUUGAUAAAUUCCCAAUAAUCAACAGACGACCCAGAUUCCCAAGGAAAAAAACCAAGUAACGCGUCUUACUAGGAGGGAAAAGAUUCUAAACAACGCUCAUCCUCGUGUUUUUGUGAAGAGUUCCGUCAACAUUAUUUGCUCUCGAUAGACACGAGUGCCCUGUUUCUCAGAGUUUUGAAAUAAAGAAAAAGGGCCCAUAUUUCGAUGGGCAGUCAGAACAAGGCUCAUAUAUUACUGCGAAGACUUAAAGCAGCGCUGCCAGGAGGUAAACCGAUCGUUACUACCUCUGCAGGGCUAAUCAUUCAUGACUUUGUGAUCGCCUUCGAGCGCUGCGGGUCAUCCAAAUUGGUGGACACCACUCUUGAGUCACUGUCAGUAUUCCCGAUCUCUUUUAGGCAAAUAUGAGCCACUUGAGCAACGGGCAGAAUUAUAAACUUAAAUUGUAUGCGUCUAAAUUUAUCUGCCUUAGAGCCGAUAAAUCUAAGGUAGAAGGCACCCUAUGGGUAGAUCACGGUUAUAAGUACUUACGUAUUAGAUUUGCGCCUGCGCCAAAUUCAGGGUGGUCAGGAUUAAGGCUGGGGCCACUGCUAAGGUUAGGGCCAGAGUUAGGGUUAGUGUUAAGGUAUGGGUUAGGAAUAAGUAUCCCCCUGAAAUUUAACGCCUGGCCACUUGUAGUGCGCGGCACUUAUAAUCGUUUCCAACCAGCCUAUGCAUUUGAAACCAGGGCCAGUCUGUCGUUUGUAGUUCCGAGUCCAAAAUUCGGUCAUCAGUAAUGCCCUGGAUUCGUUCAUUUGUGCUAAAUAUCUCCAGAUAGUGAUUUCUGGAGAGUAUCUGUGAAAGAGGGGCUUCCGCCAGCAAUGAGGGCAACCACAGGGUCGUGGUGGUUUAAAACGCUUUAAAAAGUUCAAUUUCUGAAGCAUAACCUUGACGUCGUCUACAUUUUCUGACGAACUAGAACAUUUAUCUGUAGGAUGACAAUAGAAGCCGGGAAAACCACAUGGCAGUACCCGAUUUAAGUCCGGAUCCUCGAAUUUGCGUAAGACGCAUUACGACUGAGACAUUUGAGUCCCACAUGAUAAUUAUGCGGUGUGGCCUUCUGAUCCGCUUACUCAACUGCGAUUAAGUGGUUGAAAAGCAUACUGCUGCCUUUCUCAAAUUCAACAAAACGUAAACCCAUCCCCACCUAACCCUUGCGUAGGCCAAAAUAAAAUGCUCAGUAUUCUCUCGUCAACUACCUUUACAGACUUUAUUGCAACCUGUAACCGUACCCGUGUGUUCUAAAAAGAUUCUCAUUGGUUCAGUACAUAACAGUUUCCAUUUACCCAUUCGAUUCGUGUAAAACUCUGACAGGGAAUUAAAACAGUCGCUAGAAUUUCGUAUUUGUUUGUUGAGCCAACUAACGCACCAUGAAGUAUGGAUGAGUGCUUACCUCUGGGUGAUAAAUGCCUCUCAAAAAGUACUUUUUAAGUGUAUUCAAAAUGGAGCAAAACUCAUCCUCAAAGGAAAGCCUCUUUGGUUGCUCAUAGGCUCUUACUUCGAAAAUCCGACUCAAUGCGCCAUCAAUACUGCAAAGAGGAUUAUUGACGAGGUCAAAAACGAGACCAGCUCAUCAAAGAGUUUCGAGGAUGACAGUUCAGAACACAGAUCGCCGUCUCCAACUCUGAAGGUAGCCGGGUUCAUCUUCUGCGACCCAUCUGGACGGCACAUAUUCUUUAUAGAGACCAGCGAGGAACGAUUAGCUCACAAGCUGGCCUCCAUUUUCUGUCGCCUGGCUUCGCAGUACACCAGACAUCAGUUGGACCAGGCGCCAAGAGUACUUUACAAUACGACUCUGAAAUUUACGUCCUACCUUUUUGUGAAACUGCAUCACCUUUGUUUAAAGGCUCCUCUGCAGAAAUUUGUGGAAGGGGGUCUGCUGUACAUUCGAGACCUCGUCCCCGAACCUGCCUUCGAGGCUCUUACAAGACUGUAUACUCUCGCUGAGCACUGUCCUAGCUUUAGUGCGGCCCUGCGGCUAAACCUCCUUCCAGAUCCCACCGGGAUUCAAGCGCUUUGUCAACACUUUUGUUUGUGGUCUACGGAUUCCUGA